AUGUCUGUCACGAGCCUCCAAGUCCUCAGCUCGUCCAUGGUGGCGGAGUUGACGAGAAUCGGACACACGUAUCACCACAUCCCGCCGACCCUCGUGAAUCCUCCAACGAUCGAGCACUCGCGACCUCCUCAAAUCCAAGUCGCCCUCGAUCUCGCAAUCGGCACCAUGAAUCGCCUUGAGAGUGGUUCGGACAGCGUGGGCUGGACCGGAACACAACAUGCAAGAGAUUGGUUGGUAACAGCAAGAAAUCUCUCCACAGACCUCUGGCCGAUGGACACUUUGGUCAAGAUCUUCAGCGAUGUCUUCUUCCUCGACGAUCCACGAUACCCAGUGACCUUCAACUGGGACGACACUAUCGAAGAGGAGAACGAGAUUGUUACCGGCAGCAGCCUUCAUGUUGGCACGGGAAUCCCUGGACAAGAUCAAAUCUGGAUCCGCGUCGAUCCCAUCGAGCAUCACCAAGAGCAAGGCCUGCCAAACUUCCACGUUGGCUACCUCUCCACUUUCGCGAACCAGUCGAUCCAUUCCUACUUGUCGUCUUGCUGCUGCGCAGGUGCAAAUGAGCAUGCAAACUUCUCCAACACAAACGUCUGCCGCAGAAUUGGAAAUCAAGACUGCCCCGAGAAGUUUUUCGUCGAACACACCAUCGCUUGGUUCUUCCUCGCUUCUCGCAUUGAGUUGUACAUGCCCAGCUUCUUCGGCUUCGAGGCCAACUUCAACACCUUUCCUACUCUGGUCAAGCAAUUUCGGGCGCGUGGUAUGCGGAUGAGUGCUGGGGAUUGGAAGUUGUUCUUCAUGCAUUUCACUUGGGAGGAGGUUACUUUUUUGCUUGGACGUUUGGAUAUGGAGGACUACCUUGCUUUUGUGGGCUUCGUGGUUGAGGAUCGGUUUGUGAUGCAGGUUUUUGCGGAUCUAGGGUUGAGCAGAGAUCGGAGUCUCAGACUUGGAUGA